AUGUUGUUUCUAUACAUUUUCCUCCUAUCAAUUUUGCCCCUCUCAAUAAUCCUCGGUGAUUCAAAAUUCCGAUUCAACACAACAUUCUACUGUCAUCUCGAUCAAUAUUCAAAAUUCGCAAUAGAUUUCAAAGACCGUGACAAGUUCAGUCGAGACGAUAAAAUAACCGAAAAAUACAAACGGGAAUUCGAAUAUGGUCAUUUCCAUGAGAUUUUUCACGGUAUAAUGUAUGGUGGUGAUGAAAUUGGUUCGAAUGAAUAUAAAGUUGUUAUGAAAUUGAAACAUAAUUGUUUCAAUGAUGCAAGAUUUAAAAUAUUUUAUAUCAAUUUAGAUGAACCUUGUCCAGAGGAUAAAAAUUGUCAUUAUGACAUCAUUAUUGAUUUAACAAACUAUGUUAGUACACCUUGGGGUUAUUGGGUUGAAAACUUUUAUUUGUAUUGA